AUGGCUGAUCAGUACGAACAGAACAAGCCAUCAGUUGAAGAGACUGUUGGUGCCAACGUGGAGGCUAGUGAUCGUGGUGUGUUUGAUUUCAUUGUGAGUAAAAGAGAGGAAAAACCAAGUCAUGCUCAUGAAGAAGAGGCAAUUUCAUCUGAGUUUUGUGAGAAAGUUAAAGUAAGUGAAGAAGAAGAACACAAGGAGGAAAAGAAAGAAGAGAAGAAACUUCAUCGAUCAAGUAGCAGCUCUAGUAGCUCGAGUGACGAGGAGGAAGAAAUUGGAGAGGAUGGACAGAUAACCAAGAAGAAGAAAAAGAAGGGAUUGAAGGAAAAGAUUAAGGAAAAAAUAUCUGGUGAUCACAAGGAAGAAGUGAAAACAGAGGAUACCUCAGUUCCAGUUGAGAAAUACGAGGAAACAGAGGAGAAAAAAGGAUUUCUAGAAAAAAUUAAGGAGAAAUUGCCAGGUGGAGGACAUAAGAAGACGGAGGAAGUGGCGGCGCCACCACCACCACCACCGGCUGCGGUGGAGCAUGAGGCGGAGGGAAAGGAGAAAAAGGGAUUUUUGGACAAAAUUAAGGAGAAAUUACCAGGAUACCACUCAAAGACUGAAGAGGAAAAGGAGAAGGAAAAAGACUAA